GAAAGCCACCUACCAAACCAUAGCUAGCAUCCAUUCAGGAAGAAGCGGUUCUGAUUAGCUAAGCUAGCUAAAAAUCUUUAUAGUGCAAAAAUGGCGUCGGUCAACCCGUUUAAUCUCAGUGAUUCUGAGGAAGAGGCUGAACGGCGUCCUAAUGAAACAGUUGACACAGAGAGAAGCCCAAGUGAUGGGGCGCCAGGGCCGCCGCCAGGUAAUCAUUGCUCCCCGUCUGGGGACGCCGAGCCCCCGACGCUUCUGCUGUCUAGCAACCGGACAAGCCCGAGCGGGGAGGGCUCGGUCUCGGUCUCGGUCGCGGCCACCUCCGCUAUGGCCGGCACCGCGGAGACACGGAUAUCUGUAGAUGGUAUCGCUUCUCAGCUAUUACGGGACCAAUACAUCCUCACGGCCCUGGAGUUUCACACUGAACUGUUGGAAGCAGGCAGAGAGCUUCCGAGGUUGAGGGAUUAUUUCUCUAACCCUGGCAACUUCGAGCGACAGAGCGGCACUCCGCCUGCCAAAGACCAGGUACUCGGACCUGGAGGACCACUGAAUCGAGCAGGCAGCAUCAGCACCUUGGACUCUCUGGACUUUGCUCGUUACUCAGAUGACGGCAACCGAGAGUCAGACGAGCGGGUGGCAGUGCUGGAGUUUGAGCUACGGAAAGCAAAGGAGACCAUUCAGGCUCUGCGCGCCAACUUGACUCAGGCAGCAGAGAGCGAAGUGCCCUCUCAGGAGAGAAAAGACUUCAAGUCAAGUGCUGAAAUUCAGGAGCCGAUACGUUCGCUGGAGAAAAGAGCCUUAAACUUCCUCGUGAAUGAAUAUUUAUUAAAAAAUGAGUACAAACUCUCUUCCAUCACCUUCUCUGAUGAAAAUGAUGAUCAGGACUUUGAGUUGUGGGAUGAUGUUGGCCUCAACAUCCCAAAACCCCCCGACCUGUUACAGCUCUACAGGAACUGUGGUGCCCCCCUUCCUUCUCCCCGGGACACGGUUGAUGUGUCGGUCGGGGUGGAAUUUAGCGAUCUUCCAGGAAACUGCAUCGCCCAAGAUCCCCCAAAGAAGCCUGACCUCUCACAUCAGCAACAGACAGAAGUCGUCCAAGAGUUGGAAUACCAGAUAAGCCUCCUGAACAACGAGAAGCAGAGCCUCGCUGAGCAGAUUAAGAAACUGCAGAGUGAGAUUCAUACACUGAAGAGGACUAUCUCCUCCCCACUGGACCUGGGCUCCCAGAAAGCAUCUCACCCCCCCUCCUCCACGUUCUCCACUGACCCUCUCUCUGCGCCUCCUACAGAUAACGGCGAGUAUCUGGACAUCCGGGGGGAUUCAGAGCCUGACACUAAACCCGAGUCCCCCUCGACUCAGAACAUAUCACAGCCUCAUCCACAGUCCCACGGCAAACUUAAGAGUCGACCUCCUGUCCAGUUUGAUCAACCGAACAGGAAGUUAUCCCCGGCCUUCCAGCAAGCCCUGCUGUCCUUCUGCAGAAUGUGCUCCGACAGUCGCCUGGGAGCAGAGGUGUCCCGUAUAGCAGACAGUGAGGAGAGUGUGAUGCUAAUGCUGGGCCGCUGCCUCCCUCACAUCGUCCCCAACGUCCUUCUUGCUAAACGAGAGGAGUUGAUCCCGCUCAUCUUAUGUACCGCCUGCCUUCACCCAGAGCCUAAAGAGAGAGACCAGCUCCUCCACAUCCUCUUUAACCUAAUCAAGAGACCAGAUGAUGAGCAGAGACAAAUGAUCUUGACGGGGUGUGUUGCGUUUGCGAGGCACGUGGGUCCCACGCGUGUCGAGGCUGAGCUACUUCCUCAGUGCUGGGAGCAGAUAAAUCACAAAUAUCCAGAGAGGAGAUUGUUGGUGGCAGAGUCCUGUGGAGCCUUAGCACCAUACCUGCCUAAGGAGAUCCGCAGCUCCUUGGUGUUGUCCAUGCUGCAGCAGAUGCUCGCUGAGGAUAAGGCUGACAUGGUCAGAGAGGCUGUGGUGAAGAGUCUGGGUAUCAUCAUGGGUUACAUCGAUGACUCUGACAAGUACUCCCAGGGCUUUGAGCUGAUGCUGCUGUCACUUGGGGACCCAUCAGAGCGGGUGGUCGGUGCGGUCCACCAGGUCUUUAUUCCUGCCUUUGCUGCCUGGACCACAGAGCUGGGCACCCUGCAGACUGCACUCAUCCCCUCUCUGUUAGCACGUAUAGAGAAACUACUUAUGCAAGGAGACCAUGGUCUGGAUGAACACAAGCUGCACGUGUUCCUGACGGCUCUGCAGUCUCUCAUCCCUCCUCUGUUUGCUGUGGUUCUGCAGAACGCACCCUUCACCAGCAGAGCCAAACUCAAUGGAGACAUCCCUACAAUAGAGGUGACCCGGUUCCCCCGACCAGCUUCUCCCCUCCAGGAUGUGGCGACCAUCAUCGGCAGCAGGGAGAUGCUGAGUGCCCUGCUGCUCCUCUACGACUAUCAGCUGGAGCAUGAGGGCACCACCGGCUGGGACAGCCUGCUCUGGGUGGUCAACCAGCUCCUUCCGCAGCUAAUAGAGAUCGUGGGUCGUAUCAAUGUGACAUCAUCGACAUGCGUACACGAGUUCUCGCGCUUCUUCUGGAGGUUGUGUCGAACCUUCGGCAAGAUUUUUACCAACACUAAGGUUAAACCACAGUUCCAAGAGAUCCUCCGACUAUCAGAAGAGAAUGUUGAUACUUCAGGAGGGAACGAUAUUCUCUGCAAAGCCACGGUGCCCAUCUAUGCCACUGGAGUGCUGACGUGUUAUAAUCAGGACGAGGAUCGCAAGCUGCUGGUGGGUUUCCUGGAGGAUGUUAUGACCACCCUGUCUCUGUCCCAUGCACCUCUCGACAGCCUGAAGGCCUCCUUUGUAGAGCUGGGUGCCAACCCAGUGUACCAUGAAUUGCUGCUCACUGUUUUGUGGUACGGGGUCGUCCACACCUCCGCACUGGUCCGGUGUACUGCAGCACGGAUGUUUGAGCUGCUGGUGAAGGGGGUGAAUGAGACGCUGGUAGCUCAGAGAGUGGUGCCGGCUCUCAUCACACUGUCCUCCGACCCUGAAAUCUCAGUGAGGAUAUCUACCAUCCCCGCCUUUGGCACCAUCAUGGAGACCGUCACGCAGAAAGAGCUGCUAGAGCGUGUCAAAAUGCAGCUGGCCUCAUUCCUGGAAGACCCUCAGUACCAAGAUCAGCACUCUUUGCACAUGGAGAUCAUCAGGACGUUUGGAAGAGUAGGACCGAAUGCGGAGCCACGCUUCAGAGACGAGUUCGUGUUGCCACAUCUUCAUAAGCUGGCGCUGGCUAACAACAGUCAGACGGUGGAGAACAAGAGGAUCGACAUCGCCACGCAGCUGUUUGAGGCCUACAGCGCCCUGUCCUGCUGCUUUAUUUCUGAAGAGGUGAUGGUCAACCACUUCCUGCCUGGCCUCAGGUGUCUCCGCGCUGACAUGGAGCAACUCUCUCCUGAGCACGAGGGUAUCCUGAGCUCCAUGAUAAAAGAGUGUGAAAUCAAGGUGGAAAACAAAGGAAUGGCCGACGCCCAAGGCUCAAUGUCCAUCGCCUCCAGUUUGGUGGGUGAGGAUGCCAAGACCAAGUUCCUGAGCAAGAUGGGUCAGCUGACCACGUCUGGCGCAAUGCUGGCCAACGUCUUCCAGAGAAAGAAGUGAUCUCAACACUGCAACUAACUGAGGAUACCCCCCCCCCCCCCCCCCCCCCCCGCUGUCCCCUAAAAACAUUGGUUCAGCUUAAAGUAGACAUAAAAACAAUGUAUUGUUUGUUCAGUUUCAAGAAAUGAAGGUUUGCUGAAGUUGGUUUAAAACCAGUGCAGCAGGACUCCAUGCUCUUUAAAAGUGAAACGUUGUUUUGCAGGUUUUCCCCUCUGCUCGUAUUCUUCUCCUUAAUCCUUAAUCACGACGAAGGCAUCGCCGAGGACGAGGGAUUCGCUUUCAUGAUUCAGUGUCGUCAACAUUGUCAUUUCAGAAAGAGGAGAGAGGAACUGAACAGAGAUGCGUCCGAAGUGAUUCUUGUUUCCUGAACCUUUCUGAACUUGAAAGUAUCACAGAAUUAGAUUUCAGUGCAGCCACGUCAGAUGAGAAUACUACAACACGAAGGCUGUUAAGAAAGCCUUGCACAGAGUGUCUGUACGACCCGGAAGUGUCGCAUACUUGAAGCUAUAACACAUUUGUCUUGCCUUUAUUUUAUUUUUUUGUUUUGACAGUUUCUAUUUUAUAACUUAUUUAUGUCUUAAUGAAAAAAAAACCUUAUUCCAACUUCCAAAGAAAUUUGCACUUAUUAUUUUGUUCUUUAUUAUAUAUAUAUGUGUG